UUUUUUAUCUGCGACACCGGUUCAACUGAAAUGCCGACAGUUUCAUGUCGUAAAGAAUCUUUAAAGAAAUUAUUUCAAGAUUUUUAAUCUAUUUAAGGAUUAAUAUUUAUAAAAGUCGUUUUGUUUAGAGGAUUGAUAGCCAAAUAUUGAUUGAAUUAUUUGAAUAUAGUUCUUGUUAUUGUUGUAUGAAUUGCUUUUUGACGUUCAUCAAUUCUUGUUCAAUUUCGAUUCUCUCCACGUGUUUCGCCAAAAAGACAAAAAAUUCCAAGGAUUUUUCUGUUGCAUCUUUUGUUGCAAGUGUUUCUUCUUCAUCUGAAGACUUCCACACUAGUAAUUAAAAACGAAUUGUUCUGCUUAUAUUGCUGAAAUCCUUUCCUGAAGAACUCCAGUAAAAAGUUUCUCUUUGAGACGAUGUCUGCGACUGGAACCUCAACUCUUUGGAUGGGAGACCUGGAACCGUAUAUGGAUGAAGGCUUCAUCACUCAGGCUUUUAGUUAUUUUGGAGAAACAGUUGUCAGUGUGAAAAUCAUACGCAAUAAACAGACUGGAGUGCCUGCCGGUUACUGUUUUGUUGAACUUUCUUCUCCAGAGAUGGCACACCGUGCCAUGCUAAGACUGAAUGGCAAGAUUGUGCCUAACAGUAUACCUCCAAAACGCUUUAAAUUAAACAGAGCCAGUUAUGGAAAAGAACAUUUAUCAACUCCGGAAUAUUCCUUGUUUGUUGGAGACCUCUCUGAUGAUGUUGAUGACUAUGAACUGUACAGUGCUUUCUCAAAAUGCUUCCGUUCCUGCAGUGCUGCUAAAGUGGUGCUUGACAAUUAUGGUCGCAGUAAAGGCUACGGCUUUGUCAGGUUUACUGAUGAAAGUGAACAGCAGAAGGCAAUGUUUGAGAUGCAGCACGUGUCCAUUGGCCGGAGACCAAUCCGGGUCAGUUUAGCUACACCUAAAAGGCCCCCUCCUCCUGAUGUUCCUGGAACCCAGAGUGCCCAGCAAUACAGUCAGUAUUAUCAACAAUACCAACAAUAUCAAUAUUACCAGAGCUGGUCAGCUUAUUCCCAGUAUUACAGCCAGUUUGGUUACCCUUAUGCUGGAGGUUACACCACAGAUCAUGUACAGGAUUAUUAUGACCAAGGCACAGAUGAAGAAAUGGAGAUGCUGGAAGACCCCAUACUUGAAAUCGAUGUCGACAAAGUCAAUGCUGAAUUCAUUGAACAAAGUGAAGAAAUAUUUGAGGCCCUUGACGAUUCCCGUUGGCAACCAAUAGAUAACGUGAUGACAACACUGAGCCAGGUUGCUACAGCUGUCCUUUCUCCAUCACCUCCUUCACCUACAAGUGAUGUUGUUGCUGCUGCUGCUACGGUCGCUGCUACUGCUGCUGUUGCUACUCCAAUCAUUGCCUGAAGAACGAAUGGAUUUCCUGUCUUCUGAACUGACCAAUGUCUGAGGAAUUCAAGUAGAUUUCCUCUCUUCAAAACUGAGCACUGCCUGGCUGUGGCCUGAGGGAUGACCAGUUUCCCACCAUUACUUGAGCAACCAAGUAAAUUUCCUCUCUCCCCACCUUUUCCUUUCAAAUGUCUUGUUCAGUAUCUGGACCAUUGCCUUACCAAAGCAAGGGAGUUUGUUUUCCCUUCUGAAUUGACCAGUUGUCUCUUUAAUUGGGGAGACAAUGACAGAGACGUCCUUCUUGAGUUGAGAACUAAAUGAAACGACGGCUCAACUUGUCGUUCAUUUCUAUGUAACUACUCAGUUUUCUUUGGACCAGUAAGAUCUGCUCAAAAGGAGAAAAAAAUCCUACUCAAAACACCAACCUCGAUUCAUCCAAUAUAUAUAUAUAAUGAUGGUGACGACGAUAUACACACACACACACACACACACGUGCAUGCACACAUGUCCUUAUAUAUACACACAUCACUAAUUUGUAACAGCAAAAAAUACCGCAUUACGCGCAAAUCAAGCUUUUGUUCCCAGGCCUGUAAUCCUGCUAAAACUCCUUCCAAGUGUCCCCCACCCCCCACCCAUGUUGUUUUCAUUUAUUUAUGCUGUCCCCAUCCAUUAUCAAACCUGGGAUCAAUUAAUCCCCUUAUGUUCAUGAAGAGGAUGUUCUGACACAGCCACAGAACAAGGACCGGAAAGAAAGGUUCAACUCAAAGAAUUUCUAGACUUUAAACAUCAACUGCAUAACUUUUUACCUCGUCUGGGUCGAAGGUUUUGAGUAUUUCCUUUUAAGGAGUUCACUGUCAUAGAAAUAAUGAUGAUAGUGAGACAUGUCCAGGGCAUCUCAGCCCUGAAGAUUUUUGCUGAUCUUUAUUAGUUCUCUUUCUGUAUCUUUUCAUUUCUUUGUUUCAGUCUUUUGACUGGCCAUGCUGCAGCACCGCCUUUAGU